AUGUACAACAUCGUGUUCACUCCCGUCCUGGACCCUCCCAACCGCAUCCCUCCUGAAAAGUUCCACACUCGGCGUCAGAUCCAUGGCUUCCAAAAGGCCGAACUGCUCGGAUGCCGCCACGGCCGCGUCCUCCUCCUGGAGACGGACUGGUUCAUUGUGUGGGACCCCAUCACCAGUGAGCAUCACCGUGUGGACAUUCCACCAGGGUUCGAUGAGUUAUGCUACUUCUAUGGGGCUGUGCUCUGCGCUACCGCCCAUCAGGUGCACGGUAGCUGCCACUCCAGCACCUUUAAUUUGGUCUUGAUGUCCCCAUGCCAAGGCCAUCAAGCCGGUACUCCACCCAUCGCUUGUGUAUACUCCUCGGAGACUGGGCAAUGGGACAAUCUCAUCUCAACAGCCGAUCGAUGUGAGUUUGUUAACUGUAAUCCUGGGAUCCUUGUUGGUAAUGUCCUUUACUGGUCGUCUAAGAGGGUGAGGGCCCAAUCAAAUUAUUUGAAUUUGGAUGAGCUGGCAGAUGACAUAAUUGAGUUUGAUUUGGAUAGGCAUAGUCUUGCUGUGAUCAAGGGCCCUCCAGGUCUGAAUUAUUCCACCACGCAUCAGAUAAUCAAGGCAGAGGAUGGUGCUCUUGGUCUUGCCAUAUUGUCUCAUGGUACAUUCGAAAUGUGGCAGAGAAAGGUUGGCUAUCACGGUGGUGCCACAUGGUUCCUGCACAAGACCUUUGAAAUGCAUACUGUUCUUGGGCUCCCUCCCCAGGUUGAAGGAUCGGUGAGAGGGGUCGAAAUACUUGGGUAUGAUGAGGAAAAUGGUGUAAUGUUUUUAUUUCUGGACGACAAUGUCUACAUGGUUGAAGUGAUGUCAAUGAAAUCCUUGGAAAUUUAUCAAAGCAGUUAUCAAAGUUAUGCCAAUGACAUUCAUCCUUUCGCAAGUUUCUAUGCACCAGCCAUUCCUGGUGGACGCGAUGGAGCUGGGAUACUGCAAGAUACGUAG